CAGCAGGAAAUCAAUCUCAAGCCUGAGAUCGGGUUUUUAUCCAUAGCCAGCAACAAGUCUUGAGUUCUCUCCCAAGUAAAUUGGAACUUUCUUAGAACUUGGAGCACACAGAGGAUUCUAAUUUCUUCAAAACUUUGUUCUCAGGCAAUAUCCCUAAGAACCACUUACCUCCAGGGGAUCAGUGGAAUUUCAUUUGAAGACUGGCCAUGUCAUUUCAAGGUCAAAAUUGCAUUCCCAGUUCAUUUGCUAAUGAUAGUGAGAACUUUCGCAGAAGGCUACUGGCUAUUGAUUCACAGCUGGGAGAUAAAGAAGUAGAACAAUUAAAGUUUCUCUGCCAAGAUUUCAUCUCCCAGAAGAAGCUGGAGAAGUCCAGCUCAGCUUUGGAUGUUUUUGAUCAUCUCAUGGCAAAAGAGCUGCUGAGUGAGCAAGACCCCUUCUUCCUAGCAGAACUCCUCUACACCAUGAAGCAGCACUUACUGCUGAAGUACCUCAGUUACAGGAAAGAGCAAGUACGGAGUUUGCUGCCCACUCUAAAGAAGCUCUCUCCGUUCAGAAACCUGCUCUACGAACUGUCCGAAAGCAUUGACACGGAUAUCUUAAAGGAAAUGAGCUUCAUUGUGAAGGAAUCAUUACCCAAAGUCCAGCUGACCUCUCUAAGUUUCCUGGGAUAUCUGGAGAAACAAGCUCUAAUAGAUACAGAUAAUCUGACGUUACUGGAGAAUCUCUGUUCAAGUGCUGCACCUAACCUUGUGGAAAAGAUAAAAAUAUAUAAAAGAGAGAAAGAAGCUAAGCAAAGGCAGCUGCAGGACAACAAAGUAGCAGCCUUCAAAGGGUGUGUCCCAGUGGUGGAGGAAGCCAACGGGGGCCCGAAGGAAGAAAUACUUUCUGGUUCAGACGUUCAGCAGUUGCUUCAAGCCUUACCGUUUUGCAAUUCUGCAGUUUCAAAGUUUGGGCCUGGCUUCCCUGGAGUGUUACCUUCUUCCAAGGAGGAAGCUGCGUAUAGGAUGGAUCAUAAACAUAGAGGCCACUGUGUUGUUAUCAACAACCAGAACUUUACCUCACUGAGAAAAAGACAGGGGACCCAAAAAGAUGCUGACUGCCUGAAGCACGUGUUUCAGUGGCUUGGGUUCUUGGUACAUACGCAUGUUGAUGUGACUAAACCACAACUGGAGGAGCUUCUGAAAAUGUAUCAGAAUCAUCCAGGCCAUGCUGAAGGAGACUGCUUUGUGUUCUGUGUUCUGACCCAUGGGAAAUAUGGAGCUGUCUACUCUUCAGAUGGGGACCUCAUUCCCAUUAAAUACAUCACGUCUCACUUCACAGCCCAUCAGUGCCGUGGUCUGGCUAACAAACCCAAACUCUUUUUCAUCCAGGCCUGUCAAGGUGAAGAGAUACAAUCUUCUGUAUGCGUUGAGGUAGAUGCUGUAAAUGCCGAGUCAACACACCCUCCCCUUCAGGACUGUGUUCCUGUUGAGGCAGAUUUCCUUCUCGGCCUGGCCACUGUCCCUGGCUAUGUGUCCUUUCGUCAUACCACAGAAGGCAGCUGGUACAUUCAAUCUCUGUGUAAUUAUUUGAAGGACUGUGUCCCAAGGCAUCAAGAUAUCUUGACCAUCCUCACUGCCGUCAAUGACGAUGUGAGUCGACGAGGGGACAUAGAGAAGAAACAGAUGCCUCAACCAGUUUUCACACUACGUAAAAAAGUCAUAUUCCCUGUGCCACAGAAAGAACUUUUAUUAUGGUAGAGAGUUUUCAUUGACUCUUAGACGUGAAAGGAACCUUUUCUUCCAACUUCCAACAUCGCAUAGGAAAUCAUUGACAAACAGUGAGCUGACCUCCAGUCUGUCAGUCUAGUAAUAAGAAAUGCUCUAUUUUCUGACACAGUAAAUGCUGUUCUUCCUUUCCUCCUUUCUAAACAAGUCUAAAUAUUACAAAACUUUUUUAUUGGUGCCUUGGCUUAUAGUCUUGAUUUUAGCUGUGCACCCUGAGAAAAAAGUAAUUGGCCUUGGUUUGUGUAUCUGUAAAGUGAAAAGUGGGACCAGGAACAUUUUAAGGUUCCUUUUCGCUCUAAGAACCAAUGUUCUUAGAUUUCUGUAAGAAAUGACCACUCCUUGUUAUAAUUCUGUGUCCCUUUUGCAUGGUCUUUUUUGGGCUUUGGCUGAUGACAAGAUUAUGGUUUACUGACCCUACCUCUGCUCUUCCCUUCCCAAGGAUUCCCUUCAGCACAUCUGCUGGGGGCAGGGGAAUUUGGUUUAUGCCCUGCCCAUUUCCUGCUUUAGUGCUAGGGCAGGUGUUCCUGCAGGAACCGGUUUUCUUGGGUUGGGAACUGGGAUGUCUCUAGGAAGAUGACAACUCUGUGUAAAGAGAGACACACAUUCAGCUACUCUGGGAGCAGAAACUUUACAAUCUGACGUUACUUCCCAGUUGGUCAGAACCUUUUAGACACUGGUGACAGACCUCUGAACUCAAACUGACUAAAGCAAAGAACUGAUUGCAUCUUUCACUUGAAAACACGAAUGUGUAGUGCUGGCUUCCAGUGAGGCGUGGAUCGGACUCAGUCUUCAGUAUAGCAUCUGUCUCUUCUCCAAGGGCCUGCAGGAUUGGCAGCUGCACUGUGCUGACUGCAGUCAACAGCCACUCCCCCCACCCCACCCCCACUGUCUCCAUCAAAACACACCUCUGCUCCUCUAGCCCCAAGGAUGAGAGAAGCAGCUUGAGGAGCUGAAGCUGUUCACAGGGAGUGCUGCUCUCUCCUUAGCCAGAGAGGUGUCUGGCUAUGCCUUGUGGGUAGGGUGGCUCUGGAUGGAAGCCUUGACACUUAAAAUUUAGGUUUUGAACAUUUUUACAUAUGUGAACUCUUUUUUUUCAAUUUCAGAGAAAUUUUUCUUUCUUAUUUCCUGGAAAGAGGGCAAUUGAAAGUGCCGUGGUUAUGGCCUUCAUUCAUAGAUGAGGAAGCUGAGGGCCCAGGAGGCAGGGCAUUUGGCUACAGCCUUUCAGCCAGUUAUUGUUUACCUGAUAUUGUUUCCCAUGCAAGUGAACUGGAGUGUCGUGGGGCAUACAGGACUUGAGGAACAUGUCCUUGGAUAUGCAGAUGCUCACGAAAGAUGUCAGGGAAUGAAGAAAAGUCUUGGUGAUGUCUGAUUUUGUCAAUUAUUUCUGUGAAAGUCAAAUUCAUUUAUAGUGAA